AUGGCCUAUCGCGGCUGGGUUCCAGGAUCCGAUUCUAUGCGCUCUGAUUCGCUACAUAGUCUGUUCUCCACUGUGAAGCCUCGUAUGCCCGUGUUCUUUAUAUCUCACGGUGCUCCCACCUUUAUGUAUCCCGAUGAGAAGUUCUGUGCCGAUCCUGGCGCCUACCGGGCCACGCAAAAUCUGGGCAAAUAUAUCCGAGAGGUUAUCAAACCCAAUUUUAUUCUGGUUGUCUCGGCACACUGGCAGUCCAACAAGCCUGGAACUGUGAAGAUCGCCAUACCCACGGCGCUGAGAUUAUGGCAGCAGCAGGGCAGCGUCCCCUUCCAAGACGGCGAAUCGGACGUAACUAAAGGGCACCCGUUGGAGAACGAAUUGAUAUACGAUUUUUAUGGGUUCUCGACCCGGAUGUACGAGGAGGAGUUCCAUAGCAAAUCAAGCAUGGCUCUAGCUACCGACAUCGCGGACACCAUCAACCACGUACGCAGCCCGCUAUGCGCUGUGCUCACAGAACGCGGCAUAGACCAUGGCGUUUGGGUCCCCCUAAAAGUUGCGUUCUCCGCUUCGAAGUGCGUGGAUGACGAUUGGGAUGUCCCGGUACCGCUGGUCCAAAUAUCACUGGCGGCGGGAAACGACCUGCGGGACCAGUAUGCGCUCGGGCGCCUCCUGUCCAGGUACCGCGACCUCGGCGGGUUGAUAAUAACGUCUGGCAUGGCUGUGCACAACCUGAGAGAUCUCUUCUGCGGAUCUGCCAUCGCAAAAAGCCACUCGCGCUCAUCUGCCUUUCACUGGGCACUGUCCAACGUCCUGCUAACCACGCCGCCCAACGCCUGUAAAUUCGGCAGACUACUUCGUCUCUUCUCGAGCGCGGAGGGACGAGAACUGUUGCAGGCUGCCCAUCCGACGUUGGAGCACUUCUUGCCCAUCAUAGUGGGUUUGGGUGCGGGGGAGGGCUUGGAUGGGCCUGACAAAUACACGAUCAGAGAGCUUUAUCAAAACGAUGCACCUUCAUUGGGGUGGUCUAUAUACCAGUAUGGUACCUACUCAUAA